AUGCCACCAGAUUUACGAGUUAGCGAUGUGCCAAAGCAAAGGCACAUCAGAGCAACUCCAGAAAAGUUGCCGUCAGGCUGGAAGCCUGGUACCCCAGCCCAGUUUGACAUGGCAUUGAUAGCAGACAGGCCUCACUCUUCGCAUUUGCAUACUCUUGAGGCUAUUUUCACCCUACCUCACCAGUUCAGCGCAUAUUCCAGAGCCCUCGCUUAUGUCGAGUGGUUCACACCUUUCAAACCACCCGACCCUUCCUCUCAAAUGCAACAGGUUCGCGCUCAACCUGCCAACUUUGCAGCAAUGCUGCUGUAG